CUUGGAGAACAAGCUCUUGUUGUUGACAGGAGCCCCUGAAGCUUGUGAAGAGUCUUGUGUGGUUUGGAACAGCACUUAGAAGUCCCAGCUGUGGCUGACUGGAGCUGUCAAGUGAGCAGACUGGAGUUGUCUGGGACAGCAAUAAGGUGAGAAAGAUGUUGAAAAUGAGGACAAGCAAGAUAUGCUUGAAGCAACCAAGAGGAACCCUGUGGAAAGAGAAAAAAUGACCCUGGCAGAUGCUCCCUUAAUGGAAGCUAGGGCAAGACUGCCCUGGCUAGGGGCCCCAAAUGCCUCUUGUAGAAAUCAAGAGGUAAGAGAUAAGGUUCAGAAAAGGAAUUUUAAGGGUACAGGCUAGGGGUGUCAAACUCAUUUUCACUGGGGGCCACAUCAGCCUCACGGUUGCCUUCAAAGGACCAAAUGUAAUUUUAAGACCAUAUAAAUGUAACUACUCCUACAUUUCCCUGGUGAAAAUGAGCUUGGCACCCCUGGUAUAUGAGGAUAAGAAAGGCAGUAUAUACUCAGCUGUGUUAUGUAAAAAAGCCUGUAAGAGUUGGGACGGAAGGGCCCCAGGCUGUGGUUUCCCUGGAAAAAGAGUAGGACUCUUGGACAGAAGGAAGUCCGAGCUGGUUGGGGCAAUCGUGGUUUAAAUCUCCCUACAGGAAAGUCCCUGUAAUGCAAUAGCGUAGCGCAACUGUGUAGUGAUGAAAAACUACAGCAGUUGCGGCACUGGCCUUGAGCAGGUCUGUGCCCAUGGCUACUCUGCCACUGUUUGUGACACAGCCACUCGAUAGUGUUAACUAAUACCUAUUAAAACCAAAUUUGUUUGGUUUCUGUUUGGAUAUUGUUCAGCUAAUAUUCCAGUAAUACAUGACAAAAUGCCAGCUCUGUUAAUCAUGUACUAAGUAGUCCAGGGUGACAGAGCUAUACACGUCCAAGUGGGAUGUAGUAAAACCUUCAGUCAAUGAGUUCUCCUGGUCAACUUAAAACUUUAUCACUUUGUGUCACUUAAUUCUUCUUUCUUCUCUUUUUCUUUUAGGUUCUGUUUUGUUUUAGGCUAACUUGAGGAAGCAAAUAUAGUACACAAGAAAAAAGCAGCUUCACGUCUUCUAAAUUAUUCUCUACUAAUUUUUAGACAAAACUAUUCACCAUAUUUCAAUUGAAUUAAUGAAUAGUUUCAUCCCAUCUAAAACUGCAUUUCUAAUGUAAUUUUUAAGUGCCAGAGUUUAUUUACCCCACCUCUAUUCAUAUCUGGUAUUUGUUAAAAUCUGGAAAAUGUCACAUAUCUCUUUCGUAAUCACCAAGGUCUAGUAUAUUUUUCUCCUCUUUCUGAGUUAAAUACUCUUUAAGUGCAAACCCUCACUUGUUAGUACUGGAAGGCUGCUUGAUGUUCAGGAUGUGGAUUUUUACCCCAGCCAUUCUUCUCUCCCAGGUCUUCUUUGGGAUCUGUAAAUCUCUGGGAAACUAUCAGCCACACCACAGCAGUGCAGAAGCACUGACCAAUGUGUGUAGAGCUGGUAAAGUGAGGGCUAUAGAAAACCAGAAGCUUCAGGCUUAGUUUCAUGGGAUUGUACAAUGACUCUAGUACUAAAAGGUUGCUGAUUAUUUGGGGUUUUUUUUUGUGAAGAUUCCAGGAUGUUAGAGCAUAGUAAAUCACAGUGCUUAUUUUUGUAAACAGGUUCCUUUUUGUCUGCAAAUGACACUUGGUGGUCUCAGUCCCUUGCAGGAGAUGGGUAUUGUUUCCUCUCAAGUAAUUCCUUCCCUUCUUCCCCAGUUUUGUAGAAGUUAUGCAGAAAAUUGGCACGUCUUGACUUUGCUAAUAUCAGAAACUUAUUAGUCUAAAUGGGUUUUUUUUGUGUUUAUUGUGCCUAAAGGCACAUAACAAUUUAGAUUGAAAGGGCAACAGAGCUGUAAUAAAGCAAAUUUAAUGUAACUUAGAGCUCAGCUUGGUACCCAGCUUUUAAUUGUUUAUUCUUUUGACUAUAUUUUAAAUUUUUCUUUCCAACCAUAGGCUUUUGCCCUCAACUUCAAGAGGUCAAUUUCUGUGAAAAGGCGGUUGACCACCACAAAGGGCUAUAGACAGAGCAGGGUUAAUUUUGAAAGAGAGAAAUCUGCCCUCAGAAUACUGGAUAUUCAGCUCCUGUAUGUACGUAGCAGCAAGCAACCAGCAGUGCUACGAUGGAUGCUGGGACGUUUACUCACAGCAGAUGCACUGGUCUCCUCAUAACUUGCACUCUUGAUAAAUCAGAUUUCUCCCAGCAGGCAUAUAAUUUAUCCAUAAUUGCAUCAAAACAAUGUCAUUCCAUAGUAUUUCUAGAUCUGUUCCUUAUGAAGUGCAACAUAUCAUUAGUUAAAAUUGGUUUCUUCCUUCUGAUAAGGAUUACUGUCAGUCAUGCAAGUGAGUAUCACAGCCUCUAAAGCUCUUGGAAAUAUUGAGCAAGUUACCUGUGGAACUUUUGUGCUUGGGACUUAUUAUGUGUUUCAUCAUCAGGGAUUAUGCAAUGAUGCAUUUGGCAUGUUCCUUUGAACUAGUACCUUCUCCUGCCCUUUGCUUUGUCAAAGGUGUCCUAAACCAUUGGAAAUUACAGAAGGGAAUUUCCAAUUUGAUUCUGUUCUUCCUUGUUGACCAGUUGUAUUGCUAUAAUGUAUUAUUUUCACUAGUGUGGGUCAGGGCAGUAAUAUGUAAUAAAACAACAUAUAUUUGCGGGGAUGAAUAUAAAUGGAAAUUUGGGUAAACUGCUGCCAGUCAAUUAUAAAUUGUCAGUGUCUGAGGGAGAGCAGGGUUCGUGAGGGGAUCUGAGGAAGGCAACCGAAGGCAGGGAAGUUGAGAAUAUUACAACAAAGUCCGAAAGAGACAAAUAAGUUAGGAAACUAAAAGAAAAGAGAAUUAGACAUGACAAAACCAGAAAAAAUAAUGUGGGUUUGACUGUGGCUUGGGAAGGAAGGCAAGUAAACGAUCAUGCUCAGGGAAGGGCCACAUCCAGCUGAGGUCUGAAUUAUCUCCAAGGGUAUUCAAACUGGGCUUUCACAUCCUCUCCUCGGCAACCUGUCCCCGUGCUUCACUCCUCUCACUAUGAAGAGAGUUUUUCACUAUGUCUGAUGAGAAUUUCCCUUUUUAGAACUUGUGUCUGCUGUCUCUUGUGCUUUGGCUGUGCCCCUCUGAGGUGAGUCUGGGCACAGCCCUCCCCACACAGCCGUGCAGGCCCCAGGACGGGGAAAUAAUGGCCUCCUUCAGCCUGGCAGCUGCCCUGGACCCUCCAUGUGCAGCCUCCUAAUUGCAUCAGUAUUAGGACACUAAACACCAUGUAUUGGCCCAGCAAUGAUCACCCACAACUGGCUGGUGACCACCUUGGAGCCUGGUGGCCCAGACUUCCACGCAUGCUGCAGUCCCCUGGCCAGUCCAUAUGGCCCUGUGAGGUCAUGCAGGCACUAAGGGAAACCACGAUGAAAGUCUCACUGCAGCCGGGUGGACAACAGUCACCAUCCCCCCGUCCGCAGGGAGCAAUCACUUCCCUUGAGAACAUAAGCACCUCUGUGUUUUUUUUUUGCCUUCUCUUUUCAUGAUGGACUUGUAAAUAUAAAGACUGAUAAGAUAUGGCUAUGAGUCAUAUUAGGACCUAGCAGGUAACGUUCUUUAGCCGAUUGCAUUAGAGCUGUUUAAUUUUUUUUUUUUUAAUUACUUUGUGCAAAUAAACUGAAAGUACUUUGAACACACUAAGUAGAAAUAAAAGGACAGCGCUCCUGAAAUUGAGGCCCUCCUGAUGGCUUUUGUUCUAAAUCUUAAACAAAUUUCCUAAAUCAAACAAGCCAUGAGAUAAAACCAGUAUUGUGAGCAAGACUCCUGCUGUGACACAAGGUGCAACACCAGCCAUGGCCUGUCAUGGGAACCAGAGGUUCAAUGAAAACUGCCUGAAGACAGAAGUAUGGGGUGAGCACUGACGGGCUGAUGUCAUUGCUCUGAUAUCCAAAUUGCUUGUGCCUAAUUAGGAGCAGGUAGUGGUGUCAAAGCUCAGGUGAGAAGAUUCUGUUCAAAAAGGACUGAAUGGAGAAGAAAUAGAGCUGUAGAGUUGAAAGGGAGACUUGAGAUGCAAGGCCACCUCCAUCUACAUAACAGUAUCAGGAAUCACAUAUUAAGCUGUAAUUGCCUUUUUAGAAGGCUUUGUUAGCAAUUUUUAAAAUUGUGCUUUUGAUCCUCUUGAUGCUAGACCACAGAUGAGAAGAUAAGGUUACUAUCUUGACAGUCUUAAAAAGUUCUGUUUCCAAAGAAGCUGAAGACUUUCCUAGUACCAACACUAGAGUGGAAUGCGAGGGUGGAAGUGGAAGAAUGCAGGUUGAUAACCCAAUGCCUAAUUUUCAUAUCUUAUUAAAGGCCGUUGCUUGAUAGACUGGAUGGUGUGAACUCUUGCUUAUAUCCCAGGUUGUUAUUGGACAGCCAGUUAAAAAAAAAAAAAAAAGGUGCUGAUGGAGAAGAUAGAGUAUUGUUUAUUGUCAACCUGAUGCUUCUUGAUACCUGUCAAUCUAGAAAUAGUUAUAAGUGAUUCAUGUUUAAACUACUCCUAUCUUUAUGGAAAGGAAAAAGCUAUGAAGGCCAACUUCCAUCAUUUUAGGUGUUAUUCUAGUUAGCUAUUUUGUAGCAUUGCCUAAUGCUGACAGAUAGUCCUUGAAACAGUUCAGAGAGAGCUGUAUACUGAAAGCAUUUAUCUUUAUGUAUUUUUCAUUUCACUAUGUAUUUUAUGUAUUUCAUCAUCUCCCUAUGAUCUGUAAAGCAGUUACAAAAAGCAGUGUACAUCAGGAUAUGGGAUCUUCUGUGAAGAACAGAAGGCGUGUAAUUAUGAACUGACCAUGACUGUGUCCCUGAGUUCUACCUUAGGAGAAGCUACUUAAAGCUCAAGUUACUCGACAACCACCUGGAGCUGGUAGUAGCUCCUGUGUACACCAGCUGAGUGGGAAUUGGCCUGCAGCCAUCCAUUCAUUUCACCCAGGUCACUAAACCUUCAGUAGCAGCCCAAAGAGUGCACUUGCAGAGGUGAGAGAACCUCUCUCUAGGGGUUUCUCCUGAGCCACAUGAGGCAGUUUUAAGAUGGGGUUUGUUUUAGUUGAAUAUUAGGAGUGGCAAUACUUGGGUACAGUCUGGCAUGGGAAAGUAACAAGAUAGAGCGCUAUCACUUAAAAAGCAGCACUGAUGCAUUCUGGGCAGUACAGAUUCAGUAGAAAAUACAGACCUCAUUUCAAAGUGCUUUUAAGCUAAUUCUGGUUCAGAUGAAAUAGUUCAGAUGCGUGGUGAACUGGCAGAAAGUGAUGGCAGUAAAUGUGUAUGGUAAAAGAAACUCUAAAGAAAGACAUUUCCAUGAAUACUCAAUAUUGCCUACAUAGCCCCACCAAUACUGCAAUCUAUUGCUCAGAAAGCGGUAAUCUGGAGAGCCUGAUGUUACUAUGUUGGCCAAACAGCAAAUGUCAAUGCAGUGCUUUGGUAGCAUUGCAGAUAGUUACCCAGCUCCUGUGAGCUUGCCAAACUGAAAUGAAUCUGGCUGGGUUAGGUGACUCUCUCUUGGCCCCCAAAUUUGGUUUAUUAAACUAGAGCACAGCAGAUAAGCAGUUUCUAUGGGUAAUGUUGAGAAAUGCCUACAUUUGACUUUCCUCAUUUCACAACCCACACUCCUACCCCUAAAAAUACACAUGCUUCACCCACAGAACCAUUACCUCACAACCUUUUGUUUCCUUUUCUUUUUGGCUGAAUAUUCUAACCUACAUAAAAAAAAAAAAAAAAAUCCCCAGCACGUUAUCUCCGCUUAAAGCACCAGGAAGGUGUGCUGAGGACGAAUUGGGCAUAAUGGAAUUUGCCGUGGGGAAACCCGCUGAUGACAGUGGAACCCGCCCGCGCGUGAAUUCCUGCGGCUCCCGCCACCCCUUUAUAAGCAGGUGGAGGUGCGGCAGGGCCAGCAGGACGAGCAGGCAGGACAAGCACUCACUGGAGCACGGUCACUGCGAGGAGUGGAAAUGGCUGGCUGCAGCAGCAAGAGCUUGGUCCUGGUUUCCCUCCUGGGGCUCCUGAUGCUGCUCCUGUGUGGCCGCUCCAAAGCGCAAAGCAACCAGGAUUGCUGCCUGUCUUACACCAGAGUGCGUCUGCCUCGGUGGGCCCUCAAGGGUUAUACUGAACAGCUCUCCAGCGAAGUCUGUGAUAUCAAUGCAAUCAUUUUCCACACCUACAGUGGGCUGAAAGCCUGUGUAAAUCCUAAAGAAGGCUGGGUGAAGAAGCAUCUUCUUUUCCUGAGCCACAAGCUCAAGAAGAUGUCAGCGUGAUAUGGUUUCCAGCAGGGAACUAAACACAGAUGUGACUGAAGAACUACUAGCUUCAACCUUUUGGUUGUGAUCGUCGUGUUGUACACUGUUGUGUGCUUACUCACUGCUAUCUCUGGCUUCUUUGGAACCGUGGAACUUCUUGAGUUGAUUCAUAUUGCAUCGCUGUUUUGCUUGAAUUAAGCAUUUGGUUAAAGUUUCUAUUUUUACUAAUAUGCGUAUGUUACUAAUAUGACAAGAUUGCUGUUUAGUAAGGUCUAGCUUAGGCUGUUGUACAGAGUAUUAAUUUUAUUAAGUUUAAUGCAUGUUAUUUUUGUUUUGUUCAUCAUGCGUAAAGUGGGUUAUUUAUUCUGUAUAUUUUGUUAAUACUUUGGCACUGUCUUGUGCCAAAAUGUUUCCUUUUAACUGUUGUUAGCGUUAUAAUACUUCUUGAACUAUUGCUAAACAAAGUGCUUUUGGAAAAAAUGGAAAUUGGAGUUUUAAAAAAAUAAAUGUUAAAAUUUCCACUCUCUG